GUUAAGGCAAAAGACCUGCAAAACUCUCUUUUGAUUUGGAAAGAAUACGAGAUUGCUGGCCUUCCUUAUAAUGUUUUCAAUUUCCUAAGAAUGUAUCAGGCGCUUUUGGCUUGCGGAGAUCACAAGUCAGCAGAGGCAAUGCGAACUAAAAUUCCUAAAGACGAUCCAGAUGUACGGGAUGUCAUCAGAGCAUUCCAAGUGACUUACCCCAAGUCAAAAACACCUGCAAAGCCCAACAAGCGGCCGCAGCAGCAAGAGAACAAGUAAAACUGAAAGCAAAACACUAACUUGAACAGAAUAGGAUUCAACAUUCUUUGUCCUAGAGAAAUCCUCCAGGCAUUUUUUCUUGUAUUCUUCCUGUUAGCAUUUUCAUUUUGUGUUUCUGUAGCUGCUGCUUUUUCUUACCCUCCCUCUCUCACUAAAACGUUAGUGAUUGGCAACUUUGCUAAGCAGCAUGGAAAACCAAAAGGGUUGAUGAUGCUGUGGAGCAUUGAAUGAUAUCUUUAAACGUAUCGUCAUAUUAAAGACUCUUCUAUAUAUAGUUGUAUCAAAGAAAAAUGAAAAAUGAUACUUCUU